AUGGCUCCUACAAACGUAGAGCAUCAGCAGAAGCUUCAAGUGCUUGAUGCACUUGACAAAGCAAAAACUCAGCUUUACCAUUUCACUGCCAUCAUAAUUGCUGGCAUGGGUUUCUUCACAGAUGCCUAUGAUCUUUUCAGCAUUUCCAUAGUAACAAAGCUUAUGGGUCGGAUCUAUUAUUACGUACCAGGUUCCCCCAAGCCCGGGACUCUCCCGCCCUCGGUCGGCGCCUCUGUGGUUGGUGUUGCCUUGGUCGGAACCCUAUUGGGCCAGCUCUUCUUUGGUUGGCUCGGAGACAAAAUGGGUCGUAAGAAGGUUUAUGGUGUGACUCUUAUUCUCAUGGUGGUUUGUUCCCUGGCCUCGGGGCUUUCAUUCGGGAGCUCCCCCAAGGGAGUGAUGACCACCCUCUGUUUCUUCAGGUUCUGGCUAGGAUUUGGCAUCGGUGGGGACUAUCCUCUAUCCGCCACCAUCAUGUCCGAGUAUGCCAACAAGAAGACUCGCGGGGCGUUCAUCGCGGCCGUGUUUGCCAUGCAAGGGUUCGGGAUCUUGUUCAGUGGGAUUGUUUCUCUCAUUGUCUCUGCUUCCUUCGAUCAUGCCUUUCCAUCCCCGACUUAUGCAGUCAGCCCACUCGCCUCAACAAGGCCCGAGUCGGACUACAUCUGGAGGAUAAUACUAAUGUUCGGCGCACUCCCCGCCGGGAUAACAUUCUACUGGAGGAUCAAGAUGCCCGAAACUGCCCGUUACACUGCCCUGGUGGCUCAUAAUGCUAAACAGGCGGCCGAGGACAUGAAAAAGGUGUUGAACACCGAAAUUGUAGCUGAGGAGGCGAAGGUUGAUGAAAUUAUGAAUGAUAAAUCCAAUAACUUCGGACUCUUCUCCAAGCAAUUCCUCCGCCGUCACGGUCUCCACCUCCUCGGAACCACUUCCACAUGGUUCUUGCUCGACAUUGCCUUCUACAGUCAAAACCUUUUCCAAAAGGACGUUUUCACCGCCAUUGGUUGGAUUCCAAAGGCUGCAACCAUGAACGCCAUCCACGAGGUGUAUCGCAUUGCCAGGGCCCAAUCCCUUAUCGCUCUUUGUAGCACGGUCCCUGGAUAUUGGUUCACUGUACUUUUCAUAGAUGUGAUCGGGAGGUACGCCAUUCAGUUGAUUGGUUUCUUCUUCAUGACGGUUUUCAUGUUCGCUCUUGCUUUCCCAUAUCACCAUUGGACUUUGCCAGAAAAUAGAAUUGGUUUUGUGGUGAUGUAUUCCUUAACUUUCUUCUUUGCCAAUUUUGGUCCCAAUGCCACCACCUUCGUGGUCCCCGCCGAGAUCUUCCCCGCUCGGCUCAGAUCCACAUGUCAUGGUAUAUCAGCGGCCGCAGGGAAGGCUGGCGCUAUCGUGGGGGCGUACGGGUUCCUUUACGCAGCUCAGAACAAGGACAAGACCAAGGCCGACGCAGGGUACCCUGCCGGUAUCGGCGUGAAGAAUUCUCUCAUCAUUUUAGGUGUAAUAAACGCGCUUGGAUUCGUUCUCACAUUGUUUUGCGUGCCUGAGCCGAACGGUAAGUCUCUUGAGGAAAUGUCGCGUGAAAAUGAAGACGAUGAAUCUCUACAAAUAGAAAUAGAAGCAAACUCAGGGAAAACCCUCGCCAAACAUUUACCACCACACUAUGUGUCGUCCCAAACAAUAAUCGAACUUCCAUCACCCACAAUAAAAAUUGAAUGCUCCUGA